AUUAUAAUUAAUUCCACAUGGCCAGCAAGAAGAAGCAACUUUUUAAAAUCAUCAUCUUAGGUGAUUCAGGGUAAAAUUAAUUUCUAACUUAACUUUUAGAGUAGGAAAAACAUCUUUGAUGAAUUAAUAUGUCAAUGCAAGGUUCACUCAAUAAUAUAGAGCUACAGUCGGUGCAGAUUUUAUGGCCAAGGAAGUUAUGAUAGAUGAUCGCAUGGUUACCCUUUAAGUAUGUUGAAAAUUUUUAAUUUUGUUAGAUUUGGGACACAGCAGGAUAAGAGAGAUUCCAAUCAUUAGGUGGUGCAUUUUACAGAGGAGCUGAUUGUUGUGUAUUGGUUUACGAUAUUACAAAUCCAAAAUCUUUUGAUUCUUUGGAUUCUUGGAGAGAUGAAUUUUUAAUGUAAGGUUAACCAAAAGAUCCAGAACAUUUUCCUUUUGUCGUUUUGGGAAAUAAAUUGGAUAAAGCAACAGAAAGAAAAGUUUAAGAAUCCAAAAGUUAAUAAUGGUGUAAAUCACACGGAAAUAUACAAUUUUUUGAAGUCUCAGCCAAAGAUGCCACAAAUAUAGAAUAAGCUUUCCAAGACAUUGCAAAAGCAGCUGCAAGUUAAGAAAAAGAUGAAGAAAUGUAAUUCUUUAUAGUUUAUCAUUCUUAUUUAGAUUUUUCCCUACAACUGUGACAUUAACUAAAUAAGACCCAAAGAAAUAGACCAAAUAAGGAGGAUGCUGUUGAUUCAUUGAAAUUUUAAACACAUUUCAUUAUAAUAAUAAUUAUAAAUAUUGUGAC